AAGACGUGCCAUGAUGAGAGACGUGUGAUGUAGAUAGCGAUAUAACCCGCCGCGCUCUAGUCUUGGUCAUGUAGUCGUUCGUAGACCGCGCGCCCCAUGCAUGUCAAGAGGAGGAUCUAUCACUGCAUUUCCAGUCGAAUAUCAGCUGACAUUGCAAUCACUACAGACGAGAACUUCCCGCCCCUACGGCCUCCUACAAGACAAGUAUCGCUCGAUGAAUCCCGCCGGUCCACGCCCCCCAUUCCUCCUGGGUUCGAAGGCCACAUCCUGGAAAGCAGGCGAUCCACGCCGUCAAUACCUCCCGGUCUCGCGAAACCCACUGCACUACCUGACCUUGAGGGUUCAGUUUCACGUCCUACUUCACGUCCCUCGAGUAGAAUGAGUGUGAGACGACAGACUUCCCAAAUAUUGCCCGCACUGCCACUGUGGCCCGCCACGCCUCAUAGGAUCUCCACGCCUUCGAAAUUGGAGAACCACCAGGCUGUUGAUGCAGCUUUAGUGCACGAAACGCCAACAAAGGUACCGAAAACUGCAUCUGCAUCUGAUCUGAAAGUAGCCACGUCCACCGAGCCAGUUGCCGCGGACGAAGACCGUUCACGGGAUGCUGCAAAGAGUGGUGAAGCUGCGCCUACCCAGGAUCUGGACCAAGUUUUAGAGGACCCCAAAGCUGAAGUCAAGUCAGCCAGUCCUAUCAAGGACGAGGCAGAAGAAUCGAAGUUACAACGUCAGAUCGCAGAUCGAGGGGAAACCACGAGGCGCAAGCACCCUGGGAAGCUGGACAUCAGUGCUGCUGUGAACAAAAAUGAUCCAACUACGACUUCUAUGUCCUUGAAUGCAGACGCUCCAAAUGCGCAAAAAUCACAGCCGAUGCCAUCGAGUGCUGGGGGAAGCACAACGAUGGCGACCAAGCCAGCGGCAGCAGAAGGCCCAAUGGCUUCUCCUGCAAUCAGAACCGCCCCUCGUACGUUGCGCGUAGUGCAGACACCAAAAGCCGAAGUGCCUUCAAGUAGCCUGCCAUCAGCCCCCAGCAUGGCCGCAAUAGUCGCUGCUCACAAGUUGCCCUCCCGAAAGCCCAGUGUGGCAUCAAUUGGACUUCCGGGAACUCCCUCAAGCGAACAAGUCUCCAUGUCGGACAAUAUUUCUUUGGCAUCCACUUCGCAAUCUCGUGCCAACUCGCCACCACCUGCAGCCAGCAAAGUAGGCUCUGCGCCCGUCAGGGCUAAGACGAAGAGUCAACAGAAGAAGGAACGUCAGGAGCGUGCGAAGGCAUUGGAGGAGGAGAAGAGCAAAGGAGGCGAGACGAUCACUUCUCCUCCAGCAGAACCUGUGGUAGAAGCCAUACAGAGCCGGAAGAAGAAGACGAAGAAGGAGAAAGAGGUCCGUCCAAAGCCUAAAACCGUGCCUACUGCGACUACAACAGACACGACGCCGACCGCCAGUAGAACUCCUUCUCCCAGGAGGAAGACAACCACAGAAGCUUCAGUGCCGCCCGAAGCAGCAGCUAGUGACGCAAAGUCUUCGACUCCAGUGGCAGCGCAACCACAAGCGCCGCAUCCAACCAGUGUUCCAUCGCCGCCGGUCACGCCAACACUUACUCCCGCACAACUCAUCGCCGAAUUAAAAGCCUCCGCGCCUCAGAUCCAGAAAUGCAUCGACAGCCUGUUCCGGGUAUCCAACAGUCGCGACUUCAAAGCUCACCAGAACGUAUCACACAAGGACUUGUUGAACAACUGGCAGACCGACCUGAAAUUCAAUCUGAACAAGAACGAUGUCGAGGCGCUACUCACCGGCAAAGUCCCCGCCGUCUACUAUGGCGGAGAAGAGCAAGGUCGCGCUUUCGAUCGAGGCAUGAUCGCUCCCUCUGGCGCCAACCUUCGAGCUUUAACGAAAGAACUGGAAACUCGCUUCUUGGAACUUGAGCGAGCUCUUCGUGAAAUGCCAGAAGAGUCACGUUUUCGGCCUUCGAAACCGCAGAAUGAUUUGAAACUUCCGGCUAUUGAUCUCGAGACUGUCAAGCGACAAUAUGAGAAUGGUUCGGGUCGUGGACCUAGCGUUAUGGAGCAGAUGGUGCAGGAUGGUGCUACACUUAAGAAAGGUGCUUUCUUGGUUGAUGAGGCGAGCAAGUAUAUCAAUGAGUUUGUCAUGCCGCCUGUGACGCCGCCGCCUUCUGCGGCUUCUAUGCAGGCGAGAGCGCAGCAUCCGGCUGUUCCAGCUGGUCCGACGGCGGCGGCUGCUGCUGCGGCUGCAGAGCAGAAUGUGCCCAGCGCGGAUGUUGCGGAGAGACAAUUGAGGGAGGCACAAAAGUAUGCUGAGGAGAGGGAGAAUGCGCUGAGGAAGGUAAUUAAGAAGAACAAGAAAUUGUUGGGACUAUGAUAAGGCAUAUUGUACAUGCUGAUUGCUGUGGUCGAUCAAAUAACUGGAGGCUAGGAUUAUCAAACAGUAGAAUACUGCGCUGUGUAUACAUCGCAGUAGUAUAUAGUCUGCCUACUGCCUCCUCUGACGCAGAAGAUAGUCUAUGGCACGGUCUACGCGCACAGAUCCUCCAUCGUCUGUAACUCGUAGCGCUUCUCUUGAAAGCGUGACAGGAAAGCCCAACUCUACCAAUUUCCUCAGUGCGAGAUCGCAACUCUGAAGCGGC